AUGGCUCACACUUCUUGGUGGUCCACCAGACAUCCGCCUCGCCGCCCAACUCCUCCUAUCAGUACUUGUACAAGUAAUCAUCCUCCCCGACCCUCUUCCACCCUCCUCACCCUAGUCGAUACAGCCACUUCCGUCUCUUCCCUCUUAUUGCACGCCAAGUAUGCCGACUGCAAGUUGGACGCCUCCGUCACAGUCACCACCGCUGCAGUUUCGUCCUCUUCGUCAACCGCCUCAGAGUCGGACGACAGCGAGGCCAACAACAAUAACAACGCCAGCGCCACCACCAUGAGCAAAGGCCGUGGUGAACGACGCUCCUCAAUUACCAAAACGGUCGAUUCCUCCCGACAGAUCAAAAUUCCAACAUCCACCAGCAGUCCCGUCCAGAUCCCUCGCCAGUCCAGCCGCACAGGCACCAACCGCGACAAACACCAUGCCUCGCAGCGCAGCAAGCGCACCGCCCGCGAUGUCCACUCGCCAGACGCCGUCUCCCCUUCGGUUGCGGCUCUUCUGGCCAUGACCGAUAUUCCCCGUCACCGCCAACCAGUACGGCAAAAACGGAAAUUUGAAAAGUCUCUGACCGUCCAGGACAUCGUCCAGAACCAGCACGUCUCGGAAAAGGAACUCAGCUUCUCGCUGACGGGCAGCCCUCUGGAUUUGUUACUGUCGCCGCCAGACGAGCUGCCAACGGAAGAUGACAUGAGCACUUGCGAAAGCCCUGAUGGCUUCCCGUUACGGCACACCGUCUCUUGUGACUCGGUCCCGUCGUUGGGUGAUAGCUACGCCACCGACCCGGCGUCUUCGUUUGACUCAUCGCCCUACUUUGCCCGCCCAAGACGCACCCGCAGCCCGGCGCGCAAGUCUCUCGAACCAGUUCGCUCGCCUCCGCAUAUUCUAAGCGACGAGCACCCGCUGUCCCUCGGACUUGACGAGGACGAGUAUCAUCCCAUUGUGUCGGUGCCCGUUGAGGAGCCACCCAUGUCCGUCUUUAGCGAGCCCUUCAAGCCGCUCAAGGCCGCUUUCAAGUCCAACCUGACGGCCUCGCUGCGCGCCCUGCGAUCCGCUGCCAAAUCGUUUUCCAGCAUCAACUUUCCCGCCCUUCCGCCCGACGACCUGCUGUCCCGCUCCAUCCUGACCAUUGACCCCAACGUCCCUUACACGGACGAGCGCCGCCCUCCGGUCACCGAGGAGAUGCCCUCGGCCGAGCUGCGCCGCUACCUCAACCCGACGACGCGGCCUCUCGAAGCCCAGCCCCAAGACGGGCCGCAGCGCCCUCGCCUGACGUCGAUCCAGAUGCAGACGUACAAGGUGCACCGGGCCCGCGUCGCGCCCUCGUGGAACCCUCCGUCUUCAUCAGCCCUGCCGCCUGCAGCCAGCGCGACUGGUACCGGCAUCCUCGGUGGUGGUGCAGGUGGCGGCAGCAGCAGCCCCGCUCCAAAAUCGGGCCACCAUCAGCCCCAGCACCCAAAGGGCCUGCUCCCCGCCGCCAUGCGACAGCGAGAGAUUCGCGAGAAUCCCGACUUCAUUCGCAUCGCCGUCAUGGAAAUGGCUAUGCGCAAGCGUGGCAAGCUCGACGAUCGCAAGCCGGGCCGCGCGCGCUGGGUUCUGCCGCCUCGCAAAGCACCCAUCAAGUCGGCCGACGCCCAAGACGUCGGGCCCAACGGGGUUCCAACCAGGUGGAUCCCCAUUACCUACGAGCAAUGA